CCGGUUGGAGGUUCUGCUCGGAGCCCAGCGGGUCCAGUAGAAGCAGGUUUGGUUUGAGCCUCCAUCGGCCUGCAGCUCUGGACCUGCUUCCUUCAUGCCUUCCUGCCGCUGAUGGAUCCCUGAACGGCUCACAGGCCCGCAUUAAAGUCCAGGACCCAGCGGGUCCAGAAGGAGCCCAACACCUGUGGACAUGAGGAGGUGUCCGCGCGCCCGCUGCGGAGUUUAGGCCGAGCGCGCGCGCCGCUUCCCGAGCAGGACAUGGGAGAUCUGCACGCGCUGUGAGCGCACACCGACCCAGAACCGGACCCGGACCGGAGCGGACCCGGACCCGGACCGGAGCGGACGGCAUCAUGAAGGAGAAAUCAAAGAACGCGGCGCGCACGCGCCGGGAGAAGGAGAACAGUGAGUUUUAUGAGCUGGCCAAGCUGCUGCCGCUGCCCUCCGCCAUCACCUCCCAGCUGGACAAAGCCUCCAUCAUCCGCCUGACCAGCAGCUACCUGAGGAUGAGGAGCGUCCUCCCUGCAGGCCUGGGUGAAUCCUGGGGUCAUGUGAGCCGCAGCUCUGUGGAUGGCGUCAGCCAGGAAUUAGGCUCCCAUCUCCUACAGACUUUAGAUGGAUUCGUUUUUGUGGUGGCUCCUGAUGGGAAGAUCAUGUACAUAUCGGAGACGGCGUCCGUUCACCUGGGCCUGUCACAGGUGGAGCUGACGGGAAACAGCAUUUAUGAAUACAUUCAUCCGGCCGACCAUGAUGAAAUGACGGCCGUGCUCACGGCCCACCAGCCCUACCAUUCCCAUUUCCUCCAAGAGUUUGAGAUGGAGCGCUCCUUCUUCCUGAGGAUGAAAUGUGUCCUGGCUAAAAGGAACGCCGGUCUCACCUGUGGAGGCUACAAGGUGAUCCACUGCAGCGGCUACCUGAAGGUCCGUCAGUACAGCCUGGACAUGUCUCCGUUUGACGGCUGCUACCAGAACAUCGGCCUGGUGGCCGUCGGCCACUCGCUGCCUCCCAGCGCCGUGACAGAGAUCAAGCUGCACAGCAACAUGUUCAUGUUCAGAGCCAGCCUGGACAUGAAGCUCAUCUUCCUCGACUCUCGGGUUGCAGAGCUAACAGGUUAUGAGCCUCAGGAUCUCAUAGAGCAGACUCUCUACCAUCACGUCCACAGCUGUGACUCCUUCCACCUGCGCUGCGCGCAUCAUUUGUUGCUGGUGAAAGGUCAGGUCACCACCAGGUACUACCGUUUCUUGGCCAAACAAGGUGGCUGGGUCUGGGUUCAGAGUUAUGCGACUAUCGUGCACAACAGCCGCUCGUCGCGACCGCACUGCAUCGUCAGCGUCAACUAUGUGCUCACGGAAACUGAAUAUAAAGGUUUGCAGCUUUCUCUGGAUCAGGCUACGCCCAAGGCCGCCUUCCCCUUCAGCAGCAAUAGCGCCACCAGCAGCCAUCCUGAGAACUGCAAAGCCCUGAAGAGCAGAGCGAUGCGGCUCAAGACCAAAUCCAGGCCUUCGCCGUACACACAGUAUCCCAGCUUCCAAGCAGAGCGGUCAGAGUCAGACAUGGAAAGUCCGUGGGGCAGCAGUCCCCUCACAGACUCGGCUUCCCCUCAGCUGGAACGCAGCGAAGGCUUGGACGCCUCGUGCAUCUCCAGGAACUUUUCUGAUCCACGCCACCUCUGCCACAGCUUGUCUGAAGAGCAGCAUCACAGCGUCAGAGAUUUCCACACACACGGUCAGGGGCAGAGCUGUGAGAGGGCUCGAUGUGAUGCAGGCAGAUACUUUGUCGGCGCUCCUCCAGCCUGCAGGGACACGUGGUUCGCCUCGGCCCGUCCCUUCGUCCCGCUGGCUAAGGGUUGCUUCGACGGCCACAAUGGAUACAGCGGCAGCAUUGGGCGCAUCCCAACAGUCCUGAGUGAGCAAGGCGCAGCCCACUGGGAGGAAGACAGCAUUGUCAGCUCCCCAGAUGGUGGCUCGGCCAGUGACUCAGGGGACCGCUAUCGGGCAGAUCGCUACUCCUGCAGCCCAGAGGAACCCAGUAAGAUCGAGUCUCUGAUCAGGGCCACCCAGCAGAUGAUCAAGGAGGAGGAGAGUCGAACACAGUUGGCAAAGGGCUUUGAAGACACACCGCCAGGGCUUGCCAGCGGACUGCAAAGGGCGGCUGCUUCAUGCUUCACCGCAGAGUACUCUCAAGGGCCCCCACAGACUAUGGUGUACAGGAGCUUUAAUCAAGUGAUCAGCCCUAAUCCUAGCCCCACCCCUCUGUCCAGACUUAGCAGCCCUGGUGCCGAGCGUUUGCACAAGCCCAAAGACUACCUCCAGACCAACAUGACUCCCCUUUCCUUGCAGUUGCACCACCCUUUAGGUCGGUUAGGACCAUGCUCAGCCUCCCCCACACAAGCCCCCGCACUCUACCCCUCUCACAGCCAUCCACGUUCCUAUGUAGACAAACAUCCUGCGUAUUCCCUGACGGGCUACACCCUGGAGCACCUGUACGACCCUGAGAACCUGCGGGGCUGUUGCUCCUCUGUUAACACUGAACCCACCCACUACGACCACUUCCUCACACCAGGAGAACAAAACCCUGGACAUAAAGGCCCCUCGGUCAUUAUCAGCAACAGCAGCUAACGCUCCAUAACCCCCACCCGGUUGGGGCGGAGCCACAAAGCUACCUGAGCUAGCUGGCUCUGUGGCCGAAGGGAGACUUCUUUUAGUCUGUAAGGAAGCAACAAACCAGGCAUCCAUUAUAAUGUUUGUUUCUGUGGGAAUGUGAAAAAACACCAGUGCCUGAAAUCUGAGCAGAUCAUUCAACAUCCUUACAGCUUACCUCCGUAAUUUCUGCUGAACGACAGGAUCUGAUCCCAACGCUGACCUAGAGAGACCAGGCAGGAGUCGCUCUCCUCAUUCAGAGUCGUCCUCUCAUCCUCACGUCUUCCUGUAAUCCGCUGGUUUCCUACGCUGCUCCUCAUGUACCCUGUCCUGCAUGUUUUAGCUGUCUGCUCGAUGCAUCACACCAGAAAACAUCCGAUCAU